AUGUCCAUGUUGUUCUACGCUCUGAUCACAGCUCUUCUGAUCGGCAUCCAGGCGGAACCCCAGGCAGAGAGCGAUGUCCCCCCAGCCCACUGGACAGGCCUGCAGCAUUCCCUCGACACAGCCCUCCGCAGAGCCCGCAGCGCCCCGGCCCGGGCGAUAGCCGCCAGGGUGACCGGGCAGACCGGCAACAUCACCGUGGACCCCAAGCUCUUCAAGAAGCGGCGGCUGCGCUCGCCCCGCGUGCUGUUCAGCACGCAGCCCCCGCCGGUGGCCGCCGACGCCCAGCAGCUGGACCCGGAGGCCGGCGGGGCCGCCUCCUUCAACAGGACCCACCGGGGCAAGCGCUCCGCGUCCCACCCCAUCUUCCACAGGGGCGAGUUCUCGGUGUGCGACAGCAUCAGCGUGUGGGUGGGGGACAAGACCACGGCCACGGACAUCAAGGGCAAGGAGGUGAUGGUGCUGGGCGAGGUGAACAUCAACAACAGCGUGUUCAAGCAGUACUUUUUCGAGACCAAGUGCCGGGCCCCCCACCCCGUGGACAGCGGGUGCCGGGGCAUCGACGCCAAGCACUGGAACUCGUACUGCACCACGACGCACACCUUCGUCAAGGCGCUGACCAUGGACGACAAGCAGGCCGCCUGGCGCUUCAUCCGCAUAGACACGGCCUGCGUGUGCGUGCUCAGCAGGAAGGCCGGGAGGAGAGCCUGA